AUGACAUCUCGCCUGAUGCGCAUCUUCCGUCUGGGAGGGGAGAAAAAACGGAUUAAACAGUACGAGAACUUGCGGCGGGAUGUGGAUCCCCACGAGGCCUGGCAGACCCUGGGGGAACUGGGUGACGGAGCUUUUGGGAAAGUUUAUAAGGCUCAGAAUCAGACGACGGGGGCUCUAGGGGCGGCUAAAGUGAUCGAGGUGAGGAACGAGGAGCAGCUGGAGGACUUCAUCACCGAGAUCGACAUCCUGGCAGCCUGUCGCCAUGCCAACAUCAUCUCUCUGCUGGACGCCAUCUACAGUGAGGGCUGGCUCUGGAUCCUGAUCGAGUUCUGCCCCGGCGGGGCACUGGAUGACAUCAUGCUGGAGCUGGAGCGGGGUCUGUCGGAGCAGCAGAUCAGUGAGGUGUGUUGUCAGACGCUGCAGGCCCUGUCUUACCUCCAUCAGCAUCACAUCAUCCACAGAGACCUGAAGGCUGGGAACAUCCUGCUCACCCUGGAGGGACAAGUCAAACUCGCUGACUUCGGAGUGUCUGCAAAGAAUGACAACACGUUACAGAAACGAGCCACGUUCAUCGGCACUCCAUACUGGAUGGCUCCGGAGGUGAUUCAGUGCGAGACUUCCAAAGACAACCCCUACACCUCUAAGGCCGAUAUCUGGUCCCUCGGCAUCACUCUGAUCGAAGCCGCUGAGAUUGAGCCUCCUCAUCACUCUCUCAACCCAAUGAGGGUCCUCCUCAAAAUCACAAAGUCCCCUCCUCCCACACUAGCCAACCCUCGCCAAUGGUCCUCUCAUUUUCAGGACUUUUUGCGGCGGGCCUUGCAGAAGAACCCCGAGUCCCGCUGGAGCGCCCAGAAGCUCCUGACUCACCCGUUCGCCUACGCCGGGCGGGACGGCCGAGCCCUGAAAGAACUCAUCGCAGAGGCCAAGGCAGAGGUCACAGAGGUCAUAGAGGCCGAGUCUUUGCAAGACCUCCAGUGCCCUGUUGAUGACACGACCAAACCGGACGCAGAGAGCACGGCAGCGCACUCGGAGCAAACGGCCGAGGAGGCGGUGACUCUGGAGCUCAGCGCACUCCAGAAAGAGCCGGAGGUGCCGUCCGUCCCCGAGUCUCCUGCUCAGUCUGCACCAGAACCUGAAGUAACGGUGAGACGCAGGGCCUCCCACACUCCAGAGAAGAACCAGAAGAAGUCGAGGCGCCUGUCCAUGCCCGGAAACCUGUUCUCCUUUCUCUCUGGAACUUCGAGGAGGAAGUCGGGUUUCUGGGGUGACAGCCUGACCACGCAGGAAAAUCAAAACCAACAAGCAUCUGGUGACCAGGCGGUUACGGGGACAGAUACACCUACACCAGUCGCGGAAGACUCCACGCAGACUCCCGAUACGACGAAAGAAGCUGGCGAGUCCGAAAUAUCCAAGGAAGGAACGCUGCCGAAGUCAGAGGAGCGCGGCGAGAACACAGACGGCAAAGAGGAAGGGCCAAAGGUGGAGGAGGUGGAAAAAGAUGGAGAAGCUGUCAUAAGCCAGCCUCCUGCUCCAGAACAAGAGCGGCAGGCAAAUCCGUCCAAACAGGAAACACUAGAUAGCACCAAAGAGGACACCGAGGACGUGAAAGAAGAGAAACAUUCCGAAGAGGAGAAACAUUCCGAAGCGUCGGACGAUUCCGGACAGGAUGUCCCAAAGGCUCAAACCUCAGACACUGACACAACGUUCUGGAGAUGCAUUACGGAACCUGCUCCUCCCGCCGUCAAGGAAACCGACUCCAGCACCAUAGACGCCCUUCUACAGAAAGUUCACAUCCAGAGUAUGUUGGUGAUGGCGUUGUCUUUAGAAACGUCCUCGAUGAGCAAAGAGAGCGAGGGGGGAGCAGGACACUCAGAAACAGAGUACCUGGACUUGGCCGCGGGCCAACAAAGCUCUAGACCUCUUCUCACUGUCAAUCAAAACCCAGCUGUGUCGGAGGGGACAGAACCUAACGAAGGGGAAGAAGAAGGGGGUAAAGACAGGAGGAUGGAGGUAGAGGCAAAGGAAACACCGACAGUCGAGGGAGAAGACAACGUCAUCACAGAGACGAAAAAGGAAACGUCCGAGUCGGAAAGCGUAAGUUCUGAGGGGCCAACGAGACCAGAGGAGAUGGAAGAAACACAAACCACCACAGAUCUCAUCAUAGAGGUUCCUCAGACACAUGAGAACGAGGAAGGUUUAGACAGAGCAGAGACAGAAGAUGAGGAGAUUGUGAGAGAUACUGGGGGAGUGUUAAAGAAGGAUGUAGAUGUUGAGAGGGCAGACGCCAUGGUAACUGAGAACACAGACGGGGAGAAAGCAACUGAGGUGACAGAGGUUGUCACUGAAAAGGCAGAACUGACAGAACUAAAAGAAACAGACCAAUCAGAGGACAGCAAAACAAAUACCACUAACAAACCGAAUCCUGAGGAACAGAAGGACCCAGACGGUAAACGUGACCAUUUGAAGGGCGCGCAGUCUGUAAAGAGGGUGAAUUUUGCCAUCGAAACAGACUCAGAGAAACAAGGGGGAAGCAGUGAGAAGCUUUGCGUGGUGAAUGGAAACUCCACUGGUUUGAACGUUUUGGAUAAAGAGCCGUCACAUGCAGGAUCUAAUGGAACCCCGAAACUCAUGGAUCAGGCUGCUCCUGCCCCCCUCUCCCCCAUCAGCGAGAUCGACUGUCCUCUCCCGAGGACGGUGAGGAAAACUCGGAAGUUUAUGGUGGAUGGACGGGAAGUCAGCAUCACCACCUCCAAAGUCAUCAGUGAAGGGGACAACAAGGAACAGCAAAUGCGCUCUGUCAGGCGUCAGGAGUUGCAUGCUCUGAAGCUCCUGCAGAGGGAGGAGCAGAGGGAGUACGGUCAGCUGGAGCAGAAACUGCAGCAGCAGAGAGAGCACAUGUUCCGUCAGAUAGAACAAGAGAUGAGUAGGAAGAAGCAGUACUAUGACGGGGAGCUGGAGCGGCUGGAGAAACAGUACCAGCAGCAGAGUGGCCGUAUGGAGGCAGAACACACGGCCAGGCUGAGAGAGGAGGCGCGGAGACUCAAAUCCCAGCAGGAGAAGGAGUUGAGCAAGAGGAGCACUGCUUUAAAGGCAGACCCAAAAGAGGAGCAGCGUUUCCUCCAGUCUCAGCAGCAGGAGUUGAAUGAAGCCCUGCAGAAGGCGGUGCAGGAGCACAAGAGAAAGGUGGCCUCCAUGGAGUGGGAGAUUAUCGCUAAAUCACAGCAGCUGAAAAGAGCUAGAGAAUCUGUGAUCUGGGAAUUGGAACAGCGCCAUCUGCAGGAGAAGUACCAUCUAUUCAAGCAGCAGGUGAAGGAGCAGUAUUCACUGCAGAGACAGCAACUCAGCAAGAGACACAGCAAGGAUAAGGAGCGAGCUUCCCGCUUCCAGCUGGCUCUCCUGGAGGAGCAGAGGUCUCUGCAGGCCCAGGAGAGGACGCAGUUCCAGCGGGCCCAGCGAGCUGAGGCCAAAACGCGGCUGAACCAGUUCAAACUGGAGUCGAGGAAGCAGGGUCUGUGUGGUCCUGAACAGAAACAACGCCUCACACAGUUUCUGGCAGAGGAGGAGGCCAGGCAGAAACAGGAGCGCCUCCGCCUGCAGCAGACUCAGGAGACCCAGCUUCAGGAGGUCCAGCAGCAAUGUGAUGCUAACAUAGCUGAGCUACAGCAGCUCCAGAACGAGAAACUGCAGGUGCUGGUGGACAUGGAGAAAAAGAAGAUCAAAGCUCUAGAGGAUGAGCACACGCUGGAGCUGAAUGAGUGGAGAAACAGACUGGCCAGCAGGAAGGAGGUGUUAGAGGAAGAUCUGGCGAGGAGGCGUAAGGAGAAAGAGGGGGUGAGGAGGCGCGGCAGCGAGGCAGAGGUCCGGGUCGCAGGGCGACGGCCACAGAUGUUCCCAAGUUUCAGUUUCUCCUGA